CAGGAUCAUAUUGGAUAUUGGUCCGGGGUUAAGAGACUGGGAGCUCAUAUCGAAGGGCUUACGGGAUAAAAGCAGGGUUACCUUGACCACCAAGACCUGGGAUUUCCAACUCGAGCCAAGGUUUUGGUCAUGUACAGCCACCAUGCCAAAGAUUAAAAGGGAGGCGUAACCCGGGUCCAGCUCUCUCUUGCUCUCCCCAGAGUUUGGUGUUAUCAUACUCACUCACAUAUAGGCCUCUCAUUUUUGCCAUUAUUAGUUGCCCAUUUCCCAUCUCCCCACAGAGUCCAACGAGAACCAACCAGCAGACCAACCAAAGUCAACAUGAAGUCUGUCAUCACCAAUCUCCUCGCCGCCACCGGCCUCUUUGCCGUCACCCUCGCGAACCCCAUGGUCAGCAAGCAGCUGACGAAGCGCUGCAACUGCAACUUUGAUGAGAUCUUCGCCCAGGUCGAGGCCCACGCUGAGGCUGCCGUGUCCAUCUGCACAUCGGCGGAUAUCGACGUUGACGCCGCUCUCGAAUCGAGAGCGGCCGUUGCCGCCAAGCUGCAGGCCGACCUCGAGGCCGCCGCCGAGCUCCUCGCUCAGGCGUCCGCCGACCUUGAGGCUGCCACAUCGGCCGACGUGGAAGCCUCCAACAGCGGCUGCGAUUCCAGCUGCAUCAAGAAGACCAUUACCGAGCACUCCGAGACGUUCUGUGACCACGUUAGCGUCAUUGUCGAGACCCUUGGGGAAGACUGUGUAAAGCCGUACGUCAAGCCGUGCAUGGCCAACUUCGGCGCCUUCGCCAAGUCAUGCGACAAGCUCUUCGCCGGCGUGGCCGCGUCCGUCGGCGGCGUCGUCCAGGCUGUCCUCGGCGCCUCACUCAGUCUGUCCUUGGGCCUCGACAUAGGCGCCAUCCUCGGCAUCGGGCUCGGCGGCAUCCUCGGCAUAGGCCGCGCAUAA